AAAAUAUGUAGAGUCAUGUAAAUGUAAUAGUGUUAACUGGCCAAUAAAAUGUAAAUCAAUAGCAGUAGUGGUCAUCCUGAGAUGAAUUACAAAUUGAAGGUCAUAUAAUAAAUACUCCAUUUGUGCUAGAGAGGAAAGAGGAAACGGUAAGGCUGAGUCACUUUGCCUCUGUUUUAACCAAUUGUUCACCCCUCUAUUUGCCAGCCUGACUGUUGUGUCGUAUGGAAGAGCUCGCUAAUGGUGGAGUUAACCCCUACAGGGCCCCUCUCUCUGCUUAAGCCACUCCCAUUGUGCCCCACGCCUAGUUGACCUCCGCCGAUCGCAUGACAGCUCUCUCUGAGUGAUGCCCUCUCGCUCUAGACGCAGCGGCUGCCGCUACAAAGCGCAGUUUGUGACGGUGCCGAGCUGAAAGAGAGAGAGAGAGACAGAGAGUGAACGCGAGAGAGAGAGAGGGGCAGAAAGAGAGCGAGAGAAAAAGAGAAACAGAGCAUACGCAGUCAAUCGAGGGGUUCGGUAAUUUGAGAGGCUUCGAUCGGUAUACUCCCCCACCCUGCUCUCUGGUGGUCCCGAGGAUAAAAUCUCCAGGUUAUGGCCCUGGCCCGAUGGGAUUUGAAGGAUUUCAUGAGACAAGCUGGAGAAGUUACUUUUGCAGAUGCCCAUCGGCCAAAGCUUAAUGAGGGUGUGGUUGAGUUUGCUUCUCAUAGUGAUCUAAAAAAUGCCCUGGAGAAGUUGUCUGGGAAGGAAAUCAAUGGAAGGAAAAUCAAACUUGUCGAGGCGACCAGGAAAAAAUCCAGAACUCGGUCUCGUUCAAAUAGCUCAUCCCGUUCUCGUUCCCGAGGGCGCUCCACAUCACGUUCUCGUAGCCGCUCCCAUUCCCAUAGCCCAAAAUCACAUAACCGCUCCAGAAGUCGGUCCCGUUUGGCCAGUGCUUCUCCUGUGCGGCCCAAAGAAGAACCACGUGCUGAAUCCGCAUCACCGCCGCCCCCAGCACAGCGGCCCCCACCGUCCCGUUCCCCGUCUGCUGACAGUCGUCAUUAGCCUCCACUGCCCUGUGUGCUGAGAGAUGUGUCUGUGGACAACACUGCAAGAGGGUGAUGAAGUUAGCAAUAUUGCCCCAUCUUUGAUCAGUUUAGGUCCUGGAAGUGGAGGGACAGCCUCUCUUCAUGCCAGGAGUUUCACAGCACGGGCUCUGUUGCUAGUCUAAAGUCAUUUGACAAGAGAGUUAUAUUAAAUCAGGAAUAAACUGCUGUUUUGGGUGGGGGUUUUUUUAUAGUUCAUGUCUAAAAUGGGUAUUUGGUAGUUAUUUUUAUCACUAUAUACAGAGUGAGGUUUGAUUGAUGUUGAGAGUCUUUAAUUGUAUAAAUAUAUUUAAGGACGAGCCAGUAAAUGUGAUUGUUUUCAAUUAGUGCGACACUAUGAUGCGUGUUGAAAAUACUGAAUUAAGAUUCAAUACAUAGUAUGAAUCAUGACAAGAAGAAGUGAAGUGCUUCAUGAAAGGCUGAUAAAAAUAUGAAUUUCAAGUGCAAGAACUGCCACACUAAAUGAGGUGCAAAAACAAAAUGACAGCCAUUUCAUUUCCUGCAUAAAUGGUAAAAUUAAGUUUCUAAUACUUUGCGGGUCUUUCAGUGUUUUAUGAAAAAGCCUUUGCUGUUUGGCCAGCUAACUGUAUAUUUUUGUUACUUCAUGAAUAUACAGUAUGUGUGAAUUGUUUGUAAUGUGGAUGCUUAAAUUAUAAUCAAAGAAUUGCCCAAGUUCCCACCGCGCUGCAUGACAAAAAAUAUAUUUUCAUAGUUGUGAACCCCGUAUCAUAUACACCCUAUUCAUAUGCGUGUAUUUAAUUUCUCAUUGAGAAUACGCAUUUCAAUAUCGCAUUAGUUUGUAGGAGUAAAAUAUGCUUUUUUUGCAAUGCAUAGUUUCUUUUAUUAAGCAAAUCAGGAUAUGAUUUUAAUGUAAUUUCUGAUGUAUCAUGUAUUCCGGUUUUAUGUAAGAAUCUUUUUUUUCUGGAUAUGUUUUGAUGAAUGUUACCUUUCUGUACCAUUGUACAAAUAAUAAACAAUGAAAAUAAAUGUCUUUGAACAUUUAUAAAGUUUGUGUAGCACUGUUAAAAAUGAAUAAAUUACUGAAAAACUGUUA